AUGGAAAGGCCUGAACUUGAGGCAACGCCCCUGCCAGCUGCGCCAUGUCUGCCAGGCCAGCUAAUGCUCUUGGCCCGUCCACCUGGGAAGGAGUCUUUGGACCUGAUAGAGCUGCUGGUGCCACUGGAGGCCACCUUGCCCCUUUUGCGUGCGCUUCGAAGAACCCUGGAUGCUGUUCCGGAGGUGGGACAUGGUGCCACAUGGACGCAGCUUUUUGAAGGCUUUGGCGCUGGAGGCAGCGACCUGGCGGGAGCCGGGGAGUGCAAGGCCUGCGGCGUGGAUGGCGAGGAGCCUGACAAGCUGCGCGUCGGCGGUGGCAAAGGGAAGCAUGCAGCGGCAUUGCUGGCCCAGGAGGUGCAACUGGCUGGGGAGGCUGCAGAGGAGGCCCGGAGAAAUCGAGAGGCGCGAGCUGCGGUGGUGCCAGCGGCCAAAGUUGCCAAAGCUGCCAACCAGAGUGGCGAGUUUGUCGGCGACAAGCAGGUGAUGGUCAAGGACCUCCUUGCUGCCUCCAAAGCCCUGAAAAUGCCCCUGUGCUCGGAAUUCGCUGCUCAGAACUUCCACAAGAAGCUCUUGCCGCGUCUGGGGAAGGCUAGAAAUGAGGAACAGAUUCGGGAGAGUUUGGUUGAGGCGUUGGCCGAUUUGGACAAGGAGUUCCUGACUAAGUUCCGAACAGAUCGUUCUGGAUGCUGUGCACAGCUGGCGUUGCUAGUUGGACGCAAACUCUAUCUGGUGCAGCUGGGGUCGGGUGGUGCUAUGCUUAGUGAAGGCCGCGCAUGGAACGGGGCCUUCCAGUCGGACAAUCGAUUUAGCAGGUGA